AUGGCAGAAAAGCUGUCCGAAGAGCAGGUGGCAGAGUUCAAGCAGGCCUUCGACAGAUUCGACAAGGACAAGGACGGCACCAUCAAUGUGCAGGAUCUGGGCACCGUGAUGCAGGAGCUGGGACUGAAGCUGUCAGAGGCUGAGCUGAAGGGGAUCAUCACCCAGCUGGACACGGACAACAAUGGUGUCAUUAGCUUCCAGGAGUUCCUGGGAGCCAUGGCUUCAGAGCUUCAGACCUCGGCCACAGAGGAGGGCCUGAAGGAAAUCUUCCGUGCCUUAGACCAAGACAACGAUGGCUACAUCAGCGUGGACGAGCUCAGGCAGGCCACGUCCCAGCUGGAGGAGAAGAUGUCUCAGGACGAGCUGGAUGCCAUGAUCCGGGAGGCAGACGUGGACCAAGACGGCCGGGUGAACUACAAGGAGUUCGUGCGCAUCCUUACCCAGAACUGA